AUGAACAGAAACAGAGGCAGUGCGAGGAAUCCAAGGACGCCGCCUUCACCCACUACUCCCGUGCGCGGGAACAGGUCCAAUCUUUCGGGGUUGGCCAGAAACAUGCCUGGAGACCCAACCAACCUCAAGAGAAAACACAGAUAUAAGCCAGGAACUGUUGCUCUGCGUGAGAUCAGAAGGUACCAGAAAUCGACGGAUUUGCUGCUGAGAAAACUGCCCUUUGCCAGACUGGUCAGAGAGGUGGCCCAGGACUGCAUUGGCUACGACUAUGCUCUCAAGUGGCAGAGCGUGGCGAUUAUGGCGCUCCAGGAAGCCAGCGAGGCUUUCUUGGUCCAUUUGUUCGAGGAUACCAAUCUUUGUGCUCUCCAUGCCAAACGGGUGACCAUAAUGCAACGGGAUAUCCAGUUGGCUAGACGCAUCAGAGGCACUGGAAUAUGA